AUGACUCAUAGAUAUUAGUAUGGUUAUAAGAAAUCUUACAGUAAUUUAUAUGAGAUGAAUUGUUAGUUGAAACACCAAAACGUUAUUAAUAUCAAUCAAUGGAUCGAUUACCAAAAUUAUAAUCGAUUACUUCAGAUGUUAAGUAAGUGUAUUAUAAUAUUCAGACAGUCUUGGAAAGUAGGUAGAAAAGAAUAAUCAACAAAUUUAGGAGUAAUGAGUUUACCAGGAUAAUUAAUGAGUGGAAAACAGAAGAUUAAUUAAGAUGCUUUUAUAAUAGAAAAAAGCCUAAAUUUAUAUGGAGUAGCAGAUGGUCAUGGAGUAAAUGGAGAGCGUGUUUCUGGAUUUAUAAGAAUCACUCUACCUAAAUAUAUAGAACAAAGUCUUUUAGAUCCAAAAGAGACAUUGAUUAAAGGAGUCUUAUAAACAAAUAAUGAAUUGAUUAAUAAUACAAAAAUUGAAACUGUCAUAGCAGGUUCAACUCUAUGUUGCGGUUUAAUAAAAUUAAAUAGAUUAUACGUAGCAAAUGUUGGUGAUAGUAGAUGUGUUUUAGCAAAAUAAAUAGGUAAUUCUUGGUAAACCAUUGAAUUAACAAAGGAUUAAAAACCCUCUAGAGAAGAUGAAGCUAUUAGAAUAUUAAAAUCAGGUGGUCGUAUAGCUGCUCAAUAAGAUAUUUAUGGCAAUUAAGUUGGUCCACUUAGAGUCUGGUUAAAAACUUUGAAUGCACCAGGAUUAGCUAUGACUAGAGCUAUAGGUGAUAGAUUAGGUGCUUAAGCAGGAGUAAUAGCAACACCUGAAAUUACAGAAUAUGAAUUAACAAAUGAAGACAAAAUCUUAGUAUUUGCUUCAGAUGGCAUUUGGGAAUAUUUGACUUCUUAGGAAGUUGUUUCAAUUUUGAGUUAAUGUUAUGAUAAAAAUAUAAGUGCUGAGUUAGCAGCAUAAAAAUUAUUGAAUUUAUCAGUAGAUGCAUGGAAAAAAAAUAGUUUAGCUAGAGAUGAUAUUACCUGCGUAGUCUUGUAUUUAUGA